AUGACGACAAAAACUGAAUCUUCAUUCAAUGUUCAGAAGGUACCACUUGCCUCAGAAUUGCUAGUUGCCAAAAAACCAGCUGCAAAGGCAACUCAUCCAAGUACUGCUGACAUGGUUACAACAGCAAUCAGAAUUCUUGACGAGCGUGGAGGAUCAUCUCUUCAUGCUAUCAAGAAGUAUAUUAGUGUUACAUACAUGGUUGAUACUGACAAAAUGGGACCUUUUAUCAAGAAGUUCAUUAAAUCAGCAGUCACUAAAGGAUUAUUGAUACAAACCAAAGGAAUUGGUGCUGCUGGAUCAUUCAAGCUUGCACCCGAGAAAGCAUCCAAAACUAAGAAGAAACUCACGGCUGCCAAGAAACCAACGAAGAAGUCUGCAGGUGAGAAACGUGCCGAAGAAACUGCUGAUGAAGCUCAGUCUCCAGCUAAAAAAAAUACCAAAAAACCAACAGCUAAAGAAGUUGCUAAUGAUGCCCAGUCUCCAGCUAAAAAAGCUACCAAAAAGCAAGCAGCUAAAGAAGUUGCUAAUGAUGCUCAGUCUCCAGCUAAAAAAGCUACUAAGAAACAAGCUGCCAAGAAAACUGAUGAAGCUGAGGCUCCAGGUGAGAAACGUACCAAGAAAACAGCUGAUGAUGCGCAGUCUCCCCCUAAAAAAGUUGUCAAAAAACCAGCAGCUAAGAAAACUGCUGAUGAACCCAAAGCUCCAGUUGAAAAAGCUGCUAAGAAACCCAAGUCUGUUAAAAAGAUCUCUGAUGAAGCCGAGUCUCCAAAGAAGAAAACCGCUGCGUCUCCGAAGACUAAGAAAGCAAUGAAGACAAUUACUUAA